AUGGUGGGCAGCCAGCGCUGCGAAGCUCCAUCUGCGGUACAUAACAAGCAAGUCAGCUGUUUCUGGAGGUUGUUUUCUUCCGAAGAAGUCUCUCUAAAGGACCAUGCUCUCCCCAAGCCCAGCUGGAUUAAAGAAUUCAGGCUCCUCUUUGACCAGUUCAUGAAGAAAUGUGAAGAUGGCUCCUGGGAACGCUUGCCUUCAUACCGCUAUCCAACCCUAAACAUCCAGAACUUGGAAACCAGUUUUACUGGCAAGCACAGCCACUCGCCUAUCAAAGGUGCAGUGGUUAGGGAAGAAGACCUGCUAGAGCAGGCCAGGCUCUUCACCAGAAGCUUUGAGGAUGGCCUGGGCUUUGAAUAUGUGAUGUUCUACAACGAUCAUGAAAAAAGAAUCGUUUGUUUGUUUCAAGGAGGUCCUUACCUGCAAGGACCACCUGGAUUUAUGCACGGAGGGGCCAUUUCAACCCUGAUUGAUGCUACACUGGGUAUGAAUGCAAUGAUAGUUGGGGGACUUAUCAUGACUGGCAAUCUCAACAUCAACUUCCGAAGACGCCCCAAGCGAACAGCCGCUAACACCAACCCUCCUGGACAGCCUGCUGGAAACUGCUCCAGGAACCUGGGCCUGGCCCCCGACGCGUGGGCACAGAAGGCCCCUGAGAAAGCUGCAGCAACAUUCUGUGCCCCGUAA